AUGAUAUCUUCAUGGCAACUCGCGGCUGUGCUACUCCUCGCUGGACCAUCACUGGCGGACAAUUUUACCAUUUCCAACGGCCAGAUUUUCACCCCUGGCUUUGUAGUUUUAGAUGCACCUCAACCAUACACGCCUCUUGGAGGAGGUAAGCUGAUAUCGCACCUAUUCGGAGAUGGCUUCAGCGCUGACAGUAGCGAACAAGACACCCUUCAUGUCGCUAUCGAUGUAACCGCCAAUGGCAAAUUGCCGCUGCCGUCAAAUGACGACGACAACGAUGAUGACAACCAGAUUUUCAGCAUCGAGAUGUUUCUCUACAGCUACGUCACAGGGCGCAACUUUACCAUCUCAAAUGGAACGGCGAGCGCUAACAACGCCAGCCUGGGUGAGAUCAUGGCGCAAGAGCCUGGAAGCACUGUGAAGCACGUCAACUGGAUCUGGCCCGAAUGCCUUGUUGGAGAUGGCGCGCCAGAAGGAGACAGUGAUCGCGGAGUUUACAAUAUUUCAAUCCGCCAAAACUUUAGAUACAACGGCGACGAUUACUACACCAUAUUUGAUGUACCCAUCUCUGUCAACAAUUCUAUUCCAGAGGGUAAUGAUCGACCGUCGUGCGAUGGGCUGUCGAAUGAGAUUCUCUCACCUGAAGAUAUCGAUGUCGAAGCAGCUAAUGAGGUGGGCGUUUUGUUUGCGCCUGGCGAUGCGACUGAACUUGAUAUAAGUGGUGAGAACUCUGUAGGAUCUGUUUUUGGUCCUAGUAUGAGGCUAUAUGUUGGUGUCGUGGGUGUUUUCAUGGCUCUGUUGGUGUAG